GUAGGUGGGGGAGACCGGAGCGAGCGUGAAGCAUCUAAAAACCGGUUUGUCCAUCAGGAGGAAACCAGAACUACGCUGGGAGACCCAACGAAACGCGGAACAACCUGUCCAGCUCACCUUCCAUUUUCAUCAUGUCUGAGAACACCGCAGGUGGAAGCUACGAGGAGUGCAGAAGCACAGCUGAUUGGCUGCUGAAACACACCCAGGUGCGACCAACCGUGGGAAUCGUGUGCGGAUCGGGCCUGAGUGCCCUUGCUGACAUGCUGAAGGAUCCGCAGGUCUUCAAAUACUCUGACAUUCCCAACUUCCCCCACAGCACAGUGCGUGGUCAUGCUGGCCAGCUGGUGUUUGGGACACUCAAAGGAAAGCCGUGUGUUUGCAUGCAGGGCAGGUUCCACCUGUAUGAAGGUCACCCCAUUCAGAAGAUCACAUUGCCCAUGCGCGUCUUCAAGUUGAUGGGUGUCAAAACGAUCAUCAUGACCAACGCUGCAGGGGGCCUCAACCAGGACUACAAAGUGGGAGACUUCAUGGUCAUCAAGGAUCACAUCAACAUGCCCGGCUUUGCAGGAGUCAAUCCGCUCACUGGCCCCAACGAUGAAAGGUUUGGUGUUCGUUUUCCAUGCAUGUCGGACGCCUACAACCGAGAGCUGCGGCAGCUGGCGCACGAUGUGGCCACAGAGCUCGGCUAUAGCGACUUCCUCAGAGAGGGGGUGUACUGCGUCCUUGGAGGGCCAUCCUUUGAAACCAUCGCUGAGUGCCGUAUGCUGCAUCUUUUGGGAGCGGACGCUGUUGGUAUGAGCACCGUUCACGAGGUGAUUGCUGCCCGCCACGCUGGGAUGCGCUGCUUCGCCAUGUCACUGAUCAGCAACCGGUCGGUGAUGGACUACGACAGCCAGGAGAAGGCCAACCACGAUGAGGUCCUGGAGACCGGCAGGCAGAGGUCCAAGCAGAUGGAGGUUCUGGUGUCCACCAUGGUGGCUCGGCUGGACAACGACGAGAACAACGACAAAAAGAACUCCUAAGCCAACAGUCCCCAACGCCGCAUGUUUUAGGUGUUAUCUCUGCUCCAUCAAACCUGAUUCAGAUGAUGCAAAAAUCCCUUCUACUGAAAUCAGGUCUGAGGAAACAGAGGAGCUUCUAAAACAUCCAGGACUGACUGAUUCCAGAUCAGCUGCUGAUCUCUGCCUCACUUAAGGACAAUUUAUAAAACCUCACCGUUCUGCUAAGAGUUUUAAAACACGAUGCCAGUUAUAGAAAACCUGACUGUUACGUUUGUGAUCGUCAGCCACACAAGCUAAGCUACUUCAAACACUCCUCUAUUUAUCCGCUUCCUUUCGGAGUUAUAGAGUUUAUUUGGAGCAGAUUCCCGCUGUGCUGCUCUGUGCUCUGGACUAAUUUAGUAUUUUUCUAACUUUAUUUUAUUAUUUAUUGGCGACGCUCUAACAUUCCCUCAUAUCAGUAUGAAACAACACUUCUUAAUAAAGCGGACCAACUCGUCUGCAUGGGAUGUUAACAGCUGGAACAGUGAGGGGUUAAAUAUUUUUAUGUGAUGUAUUUAUGUGGUGUUUAGGGUUAUUUGGAGAUUUUUACUUUAAGAAGGGAAGCUGCUCUGCACAGGGUGGCUGCUGAUGUUUGUAAUGGGGAUUUAAAUUUCCUUUUAUGUUGAGCAACAUGAGGAAUAUUUGCCGGUUUUAUUUUGUUUGGAUUUUAUUGAGAACUCAACAAGGCUUCAACUUUUUAAUAAACGACCUGGAAUCAA